AUGGUGGAAGAAGACGAAUAUGCUUGUGUAAAUCGAGCUCAACUGAAGAUCAAAGAUAAUUCUGGAAUAAAGAAGAAGAAGAAAAAGAAAGCUAGCAAAGAAUCACAAAAGGCUAUUGAAAACGAAGUAAAAGAACAAAUAAAGUUACAAAAAGUGAAUGUACCAACCAAAACUAAAGCAGAAUUAGCAUUUCAGAAAAUGCAGGAAAAAAUGCAAAAACAAAGGAUUCUUCAAAAGGCGGAGAUGACACACAAACAACGGGUUGAAAAGUUCAAUCAACAUCUGGAUAGCCUUACGGAACACUUUGAUAUACCCAAAGUGUCUUGGACAAAAUAA